AGAUAAUCUCUUUUUGAGUAUUGGGGAGGUUCAAAACCGUGACAAAGUCGUGAAAAAAGAAGGAAACCAGAAAUGGAUCCUCGGCUGACUGUUUGGUUCAUGAUCAUCUGUGGUGGAUGUAUUUCAUCCUCCAUUUGCACUGACAAGUUGUUCAUGGCUGAAGCAGAACAGGCUGUGAUUCUAAUGGCAGAGGCGAAGGACUACAGUUUCGUCAAUCAGUCUUUCACUGUACUUCCUUUGACCGGUCUGACGUUUCCCGUAGGUGUUGAAUAUGACCCGAUAGGUGACCAGGUUUAUUGGACUGAUGCAAUCUUGCAUACUGUUAAUAGGGCUGGACUGGAUGGAUCUUCUCAAGAAAUCAUUGCACAGUUACAAGAAGUAACCGGUGGUUUUCAUUAUCCGUACGGAAUAGCCCUGAAUCUUGACGAUUAUAAGGUCUACUGGACAGAUCAAUACCGUGACGUCAUCGAGAUGUCAAACCUUGACGGCACAGAUAGAGUGGUCCUCCUCACAACGGGCUUUAAUGCGUACCCUCAUGCAAUCGUCUAUUCACCAUUUCGCAGGAAGAUUUACUGGACUGACAGCGGGCAAUACUCCAAGAUUGAAAUGGCCAAUCCAGACGGGACAGAACGUGAGACACUCGUUGAUGACGAAGUGGAGUAUCCAUUUGGCGACCCAACUGCCAUCUGCCUGGAUUCUACCGAGCGAUUACUGUACUGGGCCGAUAUCACGGAAGACAGCAUCAACUUUCUGAACCUAGAGACCAUGGAACACAGCUUUAUCCGUAUUAACAAUUCAACGCAGCAUGCACUUGAUCUCGCUCCGUAUGGCGUAGCAAAAUAUUUCGAGGAUAUUUAUUUUACGGACAACAAUUACAAUGUACUACUUAAUAUUGAUGUACCUGAGAAUGAUGUAUUCCUUGUAUGGGAAUUGCCCACCCCAGCUGAAAUUCAUAUCUAUGUCGAUUAUUCCUGCCCGCUGCUCAACUUAUGUGCAUCUACGGGCACGUGUGUUCUUUCGAACCGUCAACCGACACUCACUUAUGUGUGUAUUUGCGAUGAAGGAUACACCGGAUCUCACUGUGAAAUGGAUAUAGAUGAUUGUAGCCCGUCUCCUUGCAUGAAUGGAGGGUUGUGUACAGAUGGAGUAAAUUCCUUUUAUUGCACUUGCAGUCCUGGUUACACUGGAUCAACGUGUUCAACAGUCAUCACCGAUUGUGGUCCUGACAGUUGUAUGAAUGGUGGAACCUGUAUAGAUGGAAUAAGCUCUUACACCUGCGAUUGUGUCCCUGGCUUUACUGGCACUAUUUGUUCAAUAGAUAUCAACGAUUGUGACCCUGACAGUUGUUUGAAUGGUGGAACCUGUAGAGAUGGAAUAAACUCUUACACCUGCAAUUGUCUUCAUGGUUUCACUGGAAGUACUUGUUCGAUAGAUAUCAACGAUUGUGACACUGACAGUUGUAUGAAUGGUGGCACCUGUAGAGAUGAAAUAAACUCUUACACCUGCGAUUGUGUCACAGGAUUCACAGGUUCACUUUGCUCAACAAAUAUCAACGAUUGCGACGCUGACAGUUGUAUGAAUGGUGGAACCUGCAGAGAUGGAAUAAACUCGUACACCUGCGAUUGUAUUCUUGGCUUUACUGGGAGUAUUUGUUCGACAGAUUUCAACGAGUGCAGUCCUGACAGUUGUUUGAAUGAUGGAACCUGUAGAGAUGGAUUAAACUCUUACACCUGCGAUUGUGUUGCUGGCUUUACUGGGAGUAUUUGUUCCAUAGAUAUCAACGAUUGUGACACUGACAGUUGUAUGAAUGGUGGAACCUGUAGAGAUGGAAUAAACUCUUACACCUGCGAUUGUGCCCCUGGCUUUACAGACGCACUUUGCUCAACAGAUAUCAAUGAUUGUGACCCUGACAGUUGUAUGAAUGGUGGAACUUGUAGAGAUGGAAUAAGCUCUUUCACCUGCGAUUGUGUUACUGGCUUUACUGGAAGUACUUGUUCAAUAGAUAUCAACGAUUGUGUUCCUGACAGUUGUCUGAACGGUGGAACCUGUAUAGAUGGAACAAACUCUUACACCUGCGAUUGUGUCCCUGGCUUCACUGGCGCACUCUGCUCAACAAAUAACAAUGAUUGUGACCCUGACAGUUGUAUGAACGGUGGAACCUGUAGAGAUGGAAUCAACACCUUUACCUGCGAUUGUGUUUCUGGCUUCACAGGUGCACUUUGCUCAACAAAUAUCAACGAUUGUGACUCUGACAGUUGUACGAAUGGUGGAACCUGUAUAGAUGGAAUAAACUCUUUCACCUGCGAUUGUAUUAUUGGUUAUACUGGCAGUAUUUGCUCGAUAGAUAUUAACGAGUGUGGUGCUGGCAGUUGCUUGAAUGGUGGAACCUGUAGAGAUGGGAUAAACUAUUACACCUGUGAUUGUGUUCCCGGCUUUACAGACACACUUUGUUCAACAGAUAUGAAUGAAUGUGCAUCAGAUCCUUGCAUGAAUGGCGGAACCUGUAUAGAUGAAAUCAACUCAUUUGUGUGUGACUGUGUUCCUGGCUAUACUGGAAGCAUGUGCUCAUUGCGUAAUUAUGAAUUCAUGAUUUCCAAGCACGUUUUAAAUAAGAUUCUCUCAAUCAACUACACGGUAACACACAGAUUUAAACAUUUUAUUGUUUACUUACUAUUGUUAUCAUUUCUUCGGCAGAGAAAAAUUACAAAAAGCAACACAUUUCAGUAUAAACAUUACACGAACAGAACAAUAUCAACCAUUUGAACGCCUGGGACAGAAAGAGUUAACUAAAAUACUGUGGCAUAAAGCCUCUUGUAUCAAUUCUAUAGGUUUACUAAACAAUAAUAAAGUACUAUUAGUGUAGAAGGAUGUAACAUGCGACAUGAGUAUUCGAAAACAUGUAACUGCAGAUAUAAAACUACGACUCGCAGGCGCGUAGCCAGGGGGGGCGGUGGGGGCGGUCGCCCCCCCCCCCAAAACGUCCCC